GAGAUGAAGAAGGACGUGGACACGUACAUAGCUGAAGAACGUGCGGAGAUCAUCUCAAAAUAUGAGAAGGGCAGGCAAGAGGGCGUGCACAUUUACCCCUGGGAGGAUGCCGACUGCAGCAUCUACAAGGUCAUGGACCGCUUUGGCUUCCUGCAUGAGCAGGAGUUGCCUAUGCCAAGCGCGUUGGAAGAGAAGCAUAAGCUUCAAGAGAUUGAAAGGACAGAGAAAUGGGUGAAGAUGGUUAAGAAGUGGGAUAAGUACAGUAACAGUGACAAGAUGAUGAAGAGAGUUUAUAAGGGGAUUCCCCUGCAGCUGCGGGGGCAAGUCUGGGCCCUCCUUCUGGAGGUGAAUAAGGUUAAGAAAAGCAACGAGGGAAAGUACAAGAAAAUGAAAGAGCAAGCUAUAAAAUACUCAACAGAAAUCAAACAGAUCGACCUAGACGUCAACAGGACCUUUAGGAACCAUGUAAUGUUUAUGGAUCGCUUCGGAGUCAAACAACAAGCUCUGUUCCACGUGCUGGCGGCCUACUCAGUAUACAACACGGAGGUGAGCUACUGCCAGGGGAUGAGCCAGAUCGCAGCCAUGCUACUCAUGUACAUGAAUGAGGAGGAUGCGUUCUGGGCUCUGUCUCAGCUGCUGACCAAUCAGAAACAUGCCAUGCAUGGGUUCUUCAUUCCUGGAUUUCCCAAACUCCAACGCUUUCAGAAUCACCACGACCAAAUCCUGUCCAAGCUUCUCCCCAAGCUCAAGAGGCACUUGGAUAAGGAGCAGAUGUCCACUGGUAUAUACACCACCAAAUGGUUCCUACAGUGUUUCAUUGACAGGACUCCUUUCACUCUUACUCUGCGUCUUUGGGACAUUUACAUAUUGGAAGGAGAGAAAGUCCUCACUGCCAUGGCCUAUACUGCCCUCAAACUGCACAAAAAGCGUCUUCUGAAGAUGUCUCUGGAGGAUCUGCGAGAGUUUUUGCAGGAGAAAAUUUCCUCCUCUUUCAGCCUGAAUGAUGACAGUGUCAUUGAGCAGCUCCAGGCAGCAAUGACAGAGCUACGAAGAAUGAAACUGGAUCUCCCUCCUCCAGCAAAACCAGAUGAAUUUCCAAAGAAUCCUCUUGGCCUUGAACGUCCAGUGUUACUCAUCCCAGUUAGUUCUUCGGAGCCUACGCCCUCUCAAACGACCAAAGACAUUCCCCAGACCCACGGAGAGGAUGCAAAGAGUAAAAGCCAAACCCCAACGCCAUCUGUCCCCUCUCCACAGCAGGAGCGAGUAGACAACAAGGCUCAGCCCUCUCAGAGUGAUCUGCUCCUACCUAGGCCUGUAGACACAAGCUCUGUCAGUGGGACCCCAAGAAUGAGCAGGAAUGAACAGCUGCCAACUCUGUGUCUUCCGGAGCCCCUGCCUGCUAAGCAGGAAACCCUGUCCCAAGAGGGUGGAAGGCUGCAAAGGCUAUCACAAGGAGAUGGAGGUGACUGGCCUCCUCCGUACCUGCCUCCAGAGACAGACGUAUCCAGUGUGCACUCACUGAACCUGCCAGAGCUUCCACCACCACCCCCUCCUUUUCUGGAUCAAGCAUCAGGGGAAGACCUUUUACCCCAAGAGGAGGACCCACCUCCCUACCCGCCACCAGCCCAGCCUCUGGAUCUCAUCCUGGAGGACCCAACCGCGUCUCCGUCGUCUUACAGAGCCCACCGGCAGCUCAGCAAGUUCCCUGUUAAUCUCUACGUGCCCCCAGCCACCGGCGACCGCCGGCCCUCCAAUACUUCCCAUUACGACAACCUGUCCGAGGGGGACAUCGAGGAGGAUCAGAACGUGGAAAAGUUGCUGGAAAUGGCCGCCACUCUCCCUCAGAACCAAAGAUUCUCAGUUCUGCUCCCUCCACCACCUCCUCCUCCUCCAGAGAUAGUGGAAGACCCCAGUGUCCUCCCUCUUCCACCUCCACCUAUGUUCUUCUACACCCCAGAUUCAGGCCCCCUUCCUCCCCCUCCACCUCUGACGGAGUAUAAUGGACCGGACAGCUGGGUUACUUCUGACUCUGUGUUCUCACAACCUCCACCUAGCUUUGCCGACAGACUCUCCCCAAACCCUUCCCCAGUGCCGUCCCCUCGUCCACAGAAGACUCGACUAAACCAGAUUUACUCAGGCAGUUCAGAGAAGCUCUGUGGUGGGGAGGGAAAAGAAGGACAGGGCCAGUGGCGGCCCCUGAGAGCCCAACUCUUAAAACCAGCUGGACAGUCCACAGUCCCACAGGACUUUUACCGCAUGCAUGUCCCCAACCAUCAGACGUCAAAGUCUGUGACCUCCUAA